AUUGUUAUUCAGUGGUCACUAGACGAUCCUCCAACAUAGACUAGUUCAAUUUUUUCUCCUUUCUUAAAAAAGGUUUGCAAGAUCUUAGAGCCAAGAGUCAAAAGCAGAAAUUGAUAUAGCAUAAUCAUAACCAAACAUAAUUAGAUUAUCUUAAAACUCAUCCAUCUACUACAUAAAACUUAAUAAUCUAUAUUUGGUCUUCCAUAAUUCUAAAACAUAGAAAGUAGAUCUAGACUAGUAAGCAAUAUACUAUAGAAGUGGCAACCGUUACCGGUGAAACAUACGCAACUUGAAAAACAAAACUGAGAAAAAGUUGUAUGUCUUUGAACAUAUCAUAAAUGCUAGUACAUAUGUAGGUGAUGAAACUAGCUAAUGAAAGGAUGGCUCUAAUUGCUCGUAUAGGAUUUCAGAAAUGAUCCUAUAGUAAGUUAUUUAAUUUUCAGUCUUUUUGGCAAAACAACAAACACAUGGUGUGUGUGUGACAAUGCUUAUAAGAAAAUAGAGUUUGAUAUAGUUAAAUAAAGUGCACUAAUACUGAACGAAACAUAGUCGAACACUUGGAAACUGACCAAAACAUAAUAAAAAUUGAGUUUCAAUAGUUCAGAAUCACAUUUGGACACAUAAAUCCAAUUUGAAAGAAAAAUAAAAGGAUCAAUCCUUACUGAAACUUACCAAAAUGGCUUUGAACCAUGCUUGUAUGUGUUCGAAAGCAUCUAAACUUACAAAACUGAACCUCAAACACUAUCGAUAAACUAAUUUCAGGCUAAACAUAAAAAAUAGAAUAAUAAUUUGCAUAAUCAUCAUCUUAAAUAAAGAAAACCAGUACAAAAAUAAAGAAAUUAAAAAAAAAAAAAAAAAAAAAAAAAAAAAAAAAAGAUAAACAAAAUGAUAAAAUACCAGAAAAAUUAGACAAAACAACAAUAAAACGUAAGAAUCAGAAAUCAGAGGAGUAGACCUGAGCGACUUUGUAAGCAAUGAGAAUGCUUUUGGCAGCCUCGUUGUGUUCGACUCUGGUUUUGAAUCAGCAAGGUAUCUAUGGUAGUUGUCCUUCAUUUUGAGGUAGAAAACCUUGGAAUCUCCGGAAGCGAUGAAGGGAAUGAGUCUGAAAUCGAGAAGCUUGAGGAUUCCAUCGCAAAUAUUGGAAAGCUCGGUCUCAAUUUUGGAUAUGUAGUCACAGAUGACAAAGACAUGGUCGUCGUUGCCUCGGCUCUCCUCCUUCUGUUAGAUGGAGGAAAUGCUAUGUCAGGAGGCCAUGCGAGCACCGAUGACGUUCUUGUAAGCAAGGGAAAGGAGAUUUCUCUCUUCAACGGUGAGCUUCUCCUUGUCGAGGGAAGCAAAAACCUUCUUCUUGAACUCAACCAUCUCCUCGUAGCGCUCCGAAAGCUUGGCCAUGUAAACAUUCUUCUCAUGAACACAGGGUCGGGGUUUCAUUGACGAGGGUUUCGCUUGAAGGGUUACGCAUGGGACGCCCCAUAAAAGGUCUCGUAUGGGGGAAGUCCUUUCGUGUGGGGAACUGCGCAAGCACAAGAUAACUUAA